AUGGCUGGGCUCUCCUCGCUACCAGACGAACUGAUUGCACUUAUCUUCGAAAACUGCCUAAACGACAGAACUCACAACCCUUCAUCAUGGCUUCUGACUUCCCGUCGACUCUACCAUAUCGCUAUAUCCAUCCUAUACCGCCACAUCUCCGUCCAACUGCCCAACGUCCCCAAGCUCCUCCAACCAGCCGACGGCAUGAAAUCCGGCUUCACAGACUGUACUUUCCACAGAACCGAAUCCAUAACAAUCCACGUCCCCUUCGCCCAGAGCUUCGAUAAGCCUCGCGCCUGGAGCGAAGUUCCUCCAGGCAACAAACACCCUGAUCAGUAUGAUGCCAUCCAUGACAUCGCACGACCUGUCCGACUAAGCCAGAACAGCGUCGCUGAUAUCCUGUCCACACUCCCUCGAACAGUCACGAGCCUCGAACUCUCAGCACUCGUCAUCCAGCCGCCCUGGGACCGCUACAGAAGGCAAGGCUCGUCAAAAAUCUGCAAUGAGCUGCGAAAGCUCAUUCGACAGCUUCACCACCUCCGUCUUCGGGUCCCCGGGCUGUGCGAGAAUCAACUAUCACGGUUCGACGACCGCACUUCGGGCAAGCCUUUCCCUCUUCGAUCGGCGGUUUUCAUGCUAUCCAUGCCCCGGUAUCAAUGGGAUGUUCGCGACUCUACGGCUCGGAUUGAGAACCUCCGGAUCAGGAGAUUCCAUAGUGAGGAUAGAGAGAAGAGACGGAUUAGCUUGUCUGCUGACGCACGGGCGCUGUGUACCUCCGGGCGGUUUCCGCACCUGAAUAAGUUUAUCGUUCUGGACGCAUUGGAUGUUAAUGAGAGGACGGAAAUUGUUGUCAGAGUGGAUGCGGUUGCGGGAGAUACGGCUGCGUAUCCCAUUCAACUGUUGGAUGGACAGGCUGGCGAAGGGCUGUUGGCGGGUAUUCCGACUUUCGAUAUGAAGUACGUUAUUCGAGUUGUACAGAAUGACAGCCCAGGCGAUGGGACAAAGUGCUGGAAGGAGUAUGUUGGCUCUUAUGGAGAGCUCCUAUGCUCUUUGGAAGGAUCGGCGGCAUGGGCUGAACUACCUAAUGGAAGGCGGGUGCCCAUUGACAUAGACGGGGAUCAACCGCGUAUGGACCUGCACAUUCAAGAUGCAGACGCCUUUCAGACUCAUUCCGAACUGUCGUGUCACAUGUUGCGUGAUCCAGAGAUGAGUAUACGACCUGGACGAAUCGGCCAUAUACCAUGCUCUGUUGACCUUCAGGAAGUUUUCGAAAAAGAUUUGAGCGUCGGCUACGAGAUUGCUUUCAGGCCAGACAAAGUCCCUAAUAAUGGAUUGCAGGCAGUUACCGGGUAACGGUGGGGUAUAUUACUUUUAGGUGGACUGUGAUAGGU